GUUUCGUACAAUAAAAAGUUUUUUGUUUGAAGUAUUUUUCGAACAUUAUAACGAAGAACAUCGGCGUCGUUUUUUCAGGUCGAACAUUGUUAACUUCGAUAUUUGUGAAAGUGUUAUUUUGCUUUUGAUAAUAAAUACAAGUUAAGAUUGUUGAAAAGAUGGAAAAUAAAAAUAAGAUGUCUUUUGCACAUAAAUUAUGGUAUUUAGCUAAUAAGGAAGAUGUUUUAUGUGUCGUAUGGGUCAAAAAUGAGGAUGCCAUACGUCUGAACAUGAUUCUUUUGGAAAAGUACUUAUGUUCUGAAGACUCAAUAUUUUCUAUUAAAACAGCAAGUCAUUUUGCUAAAUACCUUGUAUGCUAUGGUUUCAUAAGUGUGAUAACGAAAAGUGAUCCAUUUGGCCAGAAUAUUAUUAUUAAGCAUAAGAAUUUUACACGAGAUGGAAAAAAACUUGACUUAAUAACUAACUCAUGUAGUAAGAAAAAUAUAGUAGAUUGUGAGCGACAUAAUUUGCACAACGACUUUGGAGAGUUUUCAAUGCGUCCAUUCGUUCCAAACGAAUUUCAAGGCGAUGACACCAUCCCAUGCCAGUUUUCGGAAGAACAACUGAAGGAAUUUUUUGGAGACGAUUACUCAAAAGUACAAAAAAACGAAAUAAAAAUAAGUUCUAAACAAAUGUGAGAUAUUGUCAGAUGGCUGUCUAUCUUUUGACAUGUAGAAGGAUAACCUAACCGCAUUGCUUGUUGUAGUACAGAUACGGAACGUGGAUAUUUUACAGCUGACACGUUAUUCAAUUAUAAUUAACUAAAGUUAUUUAAUUCAUAAAUGUAUUAAUAGAUAGCAGCCAAUAAGACAACUUAACAAUAUAUAAUGAUGACAAUAUAAAACUACUUCAACUUAAAGUAAAGAUCAACUAUCUUUAUUCAAUUUAAUUAUUUAACUGAUAUAUAAGAAUUAAUAACUUUUGUAUUACGAUUUAAAAGAAUUACUUGAGGACUUACUAAAAAAAAAUAAACAUGGGAAUAACAUCACAACUGAGACAA